GCUUUCAGUCGCAAACUGACGCUCAACGAGUACACAUCUCGGUGGUUGAAAAUACCUAGAAAACGAAAAACGCUUACCAUAAAUAAAAUACAUAUAAGCAAUAUAAUACAAGCAAGCAAGCAGCACAACAGCUAAAAGCCACAGCUAACUACCUAAGCGCUUUUUCUGUUGAAAACUGCCAGCCAGUCAGCCUGCCCGAUUGAUUGUAUAGUCGUCAGCCGCCACACAGCGUGCACAUUUCCGAAGCAAACAAUAAAAUAAUAAAGUAUCUAUCAUCUGCCUACCUAUAGCACGCUAGCUAGUGUUUGCUCCAUACACUCGCCCUGCUUUCAGAUUAGAGCGAUAGAGAAGACAAGAGUCGUCAUUACUUGUACGUACUGUCUUCGUCCUUGCUGUUGCACCGCAUUCUUUCUAUCACAUCGUACGCCUUCGGCUGUACAGCGAACAUUCAGAUACAUACGUUGUUGUUUGUUGUUGUUGGUUGUGUGGUUCGACUGUAGAUACAGAUACAUUUACGUAUAAAGUAUCUACGUAUCGCGAACAGAACAGCUCAGCUCAGCACAGAACGUACCGCUGAAAUAACAUUCAGAAGUUAAAUACACACCGCAAACGACAGUCUCGAACAGUGUGUCUGUGUGCUUCGUACCGAGUGGAUCGUCAAAGCAAAUUGUACGCGUCUUGUGUUUUAAAGCAAAUAAAAUAAAUUUGUAAAAAUACAUAAAAAUAACCGCGAACGCAGUUAUAUAAGUUACAACAAAAAAUUAUAAAAUAUAUCAAUUAUAUUUAAAAACACAAACUACACAGAACAAAUCAAAGAAAAUGUCAGCCGCCACAGAACAACAAAAUAACGGUGAUGUCGCUGUUGAGAAAGUUGCCGCCGAUGCCGUCGAUGCGGCAGCAGCCGUGAAGGAAGAUCUCAAAAAGCCUGCCGUCGAUGAAACAGUAGCGGCCGCCGACAAUGGUACAGCGACAAAAGGUGACGAUGAGGAAGCCAACGAUGCCGCCGCACCCGUCAAGGGACAAGUGAAAGGAACAAAACGGCCCGCCGAAGCGAAAUCCGCUGAAUCAAAGAAGGCCAAAAAAGAAAAGGCCGCUGAUGCUGAUUCAGAUGAUGAAGAGGUUUUAGAAGAGAUCACCGAGGGUGAUAGUGAAAUUGAAAGUGACGAAUAUGAUAUCCCCUACGAUGGUGAGGAGGAAGACCUCGAAUGCGACGAUGAUGACGACGAGAACGACGACGGCUCCGGCUCAGAUGAUCAGGCGUAAUAAUAAUAUAGUAGUCAAAACCAUUUAAAUUAAAUAUAAAAAAAAUAUAAAAAAUGCAAGAAAACUUAAAAAAC